CUGCUUAUGGACGCCCUAAGUGGCUACUCCGUGACCAUCUUUGCGUAUGGCCAGACAGGGUCCGGAAAGACCUUCACGAUGACUGGCCCCGACUCGAUCGACUAUGGGAGGGAGGCCGCGGCCGCGUCCCUGGACGAUGGGCCGCACGGCCUGAUUCCACGGGUGCUGUCCGAUCUCUUUGAGCUCACGGCCCACGGGCGGGAGCACGCGGGCGUCACCGUCAGCGCGUCUUACCUCGAGAUCUACAACGAGCAGCUCAACGACCUCCUCAAUCCGGCGUCGGUCAACCUGCAGCUGAGACACGAGGCGCGGCUCGGGCCGUUCGUGCAGAACCUGCUGCAGGUUGAAUGCGAGUCGCUCGGCGACGCGAUGGCCGUGCUGGCUGAGGGGACGCGUAAUCGCAAGGUGUCGAGCCACCAGCUCAACAAGGACUCGUCGCGCUCGCAUUGCCUCAUGACGCUGCACCUAAAGGACGCGAACACGGGCUGCACCGGACGCAUCUCGCUGGUCGACCUCGCUGGCUCGGAGCGGCUCAAGGACUCGUGCUCCGAGGGUGCGAUGGCCUCCGAGACGGGGCACAUCAACCGCUCGCUCUUUGCGCUCGGCAACGUCAUCUCCUCGCUGUCCGACGCGCGCAGACGGCAAGGCCACAUCCCGUACCGCGACUCGAAGCUGACGAAGCUGCUCAUGGACUCCCUUGGUGGCGACGGCCGAACGCUCAUGCUCGCUUGCGUGUCCCCUUCCCUGCACAUGCUCGAGGAGACGGCCAACACGCUCCUCUUUGCCUCGCGCGCGAAGAAUAUCCAGAACCGGCCGACGGUGCAAGUGGAC